AUGAGCAACACGACUGACACAAGCAGCACCACAGUGAGCAACACGACUAGCACAAGAAGCAGCCCCACAGUCACCACCAUGACCGACACACGCAAAACUAUGGUGAGCGCAACGAUGGACUCUAGCAGCUCCACUGCUAGUAUGAAAACCGACUCCAGCAGCUCAGCAGCAGCCAUGCUUGCCAAUGAAACGACAACCGUCAUCACAGAGUCCGACACGACGACCGCCACGAGCUUCACCACGACGACCGCCAUGAGCUCUACAACGACAGGUUCCACCACGCAGACGGCAACCGCUGUCACAAAGAGUGCCCAAGAGACGACAACGAGCUCCUCCACGGGUGCAAGCUCCGCCACGGAGGCGGCAACCGCCACCACAGCGACCGCCACGAAGACCGCCGCAGGCUUCGUCACCACGGUGACGGCCACGGGCUCCUCCACGACUGCAGGCUCCACCACGAAGACGGCAGCCGCAACAACGAAGACCGCCACGAGCUCCACCACCGUGACAGGAGGUCCCGCCACGGAGACGGCAAGCGCCAUCACGACACCGGGCCCGACGGGCAGCCCGGUUGCCGCCCCCAUGCCAGCUAUGACCUCCACGUCAGCAAGCGUUUUGACGCGGACCUCUAGCACCAUCACCAUCACCACCUCUGAGACGGCCACCAGCUCCACAGCAGCGAGCACUUCGACAGCGACGUCAGGCGCGGCCUCCCAGGGCGGAAUGGCCUUGUCGGCGCUGGCCCGGAUUGCUGCGGGGUCAGCUUGCUGCAUGUGCUGCGGGGCAGGGUGCUGCUUGCUCCGCAAGAGAUGUGGCAGAGGUCGCGGCGCAGUGCACCCCGACGGCGCACUUCUGAAGGACGGCGCCAGCCGCGCCGAGCGGGGCGAGGCGGGCACUGGGCAGCCAGGGCGAGCGAGCACGUCGCUGGUGGUGAUCCCGCUCCCGCAAGGCAACGCAGGCGGGAGCGAGGCAUUGGGGCCGGGCUGUCCUCUGGACACUUGGCAGCCAGAGCAGGCGAGCACCUCGCUGGUGGUGAUCCCGCACCCGCAAGACGACGCAGGCGGGAGCGCGGAGCCCGCCGGUGUCUCUGGUGUCUUGCGCGGGAGCGAGGCUGCAGACUUCUGCCCGCACGCUGUCUCGGUGUGGCCGGCCGAGGCCGCGGGCCCGCUGCCCUGCGGCGCUGGCGUCGAGUGCCGCAGGGAGGACGACCAGAAGGAGAUGGCGUCCCCGUCGUGCAGCUCCGCAUCCUGCGAGGAGGUGGACUCGCGAGCCAGCCUUGCCUCGAUGCAGCAGCAGCAGGAGAGUGCGCGCUCGCGAAGCAGCUCUGCAUCCUGCGAGGAGGUGAUCUCGCGACAGCAGCAGCAGCAGCAGCAGCAGCAGCAGCAGCAGCAGCAGCAGCAGGAGAUGACGUCCUCGUCGUACAGCUCCGCAUCCUGCGAGAAGGUGUGCUCGCGAGCCAGGCAUGCCCCCAAGGAGACGGAGCAGCAGGAGAGUGCGCGCUCGCGAAGCAGCUCUGCUUCCUGCGAGGAGGUGACCUCGCGAGCCAGCCUGGCCUCGAAGGAGCAGCAGGAGCAACAGCAGCAGCAGCAGCAGCAGGAAAGUGCGCGCUCGGCGAGCAGCUCCGCAUCCUGCGAGCAGGUGUGCUCGCGAGCCAAGCAUGCCUCCAAGGAGCAGGAGCAGCAGGAGAGUGCGCGCUCGCGAAGCAGCUCCGCAUCCUGCGAGGAGGUGAUCUCGCGAGCCAGCCUGGCCUCGGAGGAGCAGCAGGAGCAACAGCAGCAGCAGCAGCAGCAGCAGCAGCAGCAGCAGCAGCAUCAGCAGCAGCAGCUGGAAAGUGCGCGCUCGGCGAGCAGCUCCGCAUCCUGCGAGCAGGUGUGCUCGCGAGCCAAGCAUGCCUCCAAGGAGCAGGAGCAGCAGGAAAGUGCGCGCUCGGCGAGCAGCUCCACAUCCUGCGAGGAGGUGGGCUUGCCGGACAGCCUGGCCUUGGGGAAGGGGUCUGCUAGGCAGCCUGUCCCACACGAGGGUUUAGGCAUCGACCCCUCCGCUUCGGGGGAUCCAGCAAGGCGGGCUGCUGUAGGUCGCGGCAGCAGCAGCGCGCAAACAGUUGCCGCGCCGCUGGGCCUGGCGCUUGCGGAGUCCAGGCCUGUCCACUCGCGGGCCCUCAG